ACUUAUUUAAUUUUAAACUUUGCAACAUAGUCAAAAAAUAUGGCAGCUUGGUCGCCAUGGAUAGCCAUAAUCGUCUUCACAGCAACGCUUUACACAUCCUUUACAGGAGUGAAGUCGUCCAUUAAUGGCGAUCAGAUUAGCAGCUUGCCGGGGCAACCAGCUAAUGUGACUUUCCGGCAGUACUCCGGCUACGUCGAGGUCCGCUCGCAACGGGCUCUUUUCUACUACUUUGUUGAGGCCGAAACUCAGCCAGAUUCUAAGCCACUUGUUCUCUGGUUAAAUGGAGGUCCUGGAUGCUCAUCUGUUGGAUAUGGAGCUUUCAUGGAGAAUGGCCCUUUCCGACCUCGUGGGAGAGUCUUAAUAAAAAAUCCCCAAAGCUGGAAUAAAGAGGCAAACAUGUUGUAUCUGGAAUCCCCCGCUGGAGUGGGGUUCUCUUAUUCUCUCAAUCAAUCCUACUAUGCUUACGUGAAUGAUGAUAUGACAGGUUUUGUAGCGGUUUGAAUGUAGUUUCUGAAUAUGUAAUUUUUUUUCUAAAAAUAAUUUGAGUGCAGACAGGGAUCUGUUUGCUUUAUCGCAGGUCAAACAUCGUAAACCGAAAAGUAUCUUAUAAUUCGGGACGGGUGGAGUAUUUCAAUUUGUACUAUAUUAUGGCGACGUUGUACUUAAUUAGUUUGAGAAUGUUAUAACUACUACAUACUUUGCUAGCUUCUUUUACAAAACAAAAAUAAGAACCGAGAACUCGGACCGAACUGACCCGUUUCAAAUGGGACGGGUGAGGUCCGGUUCCUAUUUCAAAACUUGGAAUACCCGGACCGAACCUACCUGUUAAAUGGAACCGGCGGUUCUUGAAAAUUUAUCAAUUACCUGGACUGACCUGGACUGUGCCCACCCCUACUACUAACUUUUAAGUGAUUAAAGUUAUGUGGAAUUACAUAGCAUCAUCUUACAUCGUAGCAUCGCACCAUUAACUUCGUCCCUGCACCAGUUCAUCUCAAUUGCACAAUCCAUUCUCAUCUUCCACUUUCGCCGCCGCGGCUCAUCUUCUACAACAUGCAAUUCGAAAUAAAAAGACAAACAAAAUAAAAUGGAAUUAAACACAAUUCACUCAUCUUCUUCCAAACCCUAGACUCUCUUACACUCCCUGACGGUGGCUCGGGAGCGAGACGAGUCCGCCGUUCAUCCGCCUCAAUAGUCAUGCUUUUGUAUUGAUUGACGAUAUCCUCCAUUGAUAUUCCUUGUUGUUGAAUUGAACCCAAGCUCCGCCACAACUUAUCCGCC